AUGAGUGCUGGGACGGUGAGUGCUCGGAUGCUGAGUGAUAGUAUGGUGAGUGAUGGGAUGGUUAGGGCUGGUAUGCUGAGUGCUAGGAUGGUGAGGGAUGGGAGGGUUAGUGCUGGGAUGGUGAGUGCCCAGAUGAUGAGUGCUGGGAUGGUGAGUGCUGGGAUGGUUAGUGCUGGGAUGGUGAGUGCUGGGAUGGCGAGUGAUGGGAUGGUUAGUGCUGGGAUGGUGAGUGCUGGGAUGGUGAGUGAUGGGAUGGUUAGUGCUGGGACGGUGAGUGCUGGGAUGGUUAGUGCUGGGAUGGUGAGUGCUGGGGUGGUUAGUGCUGGGAUGGUGAGUGCUGGGAUGGUGAGUGCUGGGAGGGUGAGUGCUGGGAUGGUGAGUGAUGGGAUGGUGAGUGCUGGGAUGGUGAGUGCUGGGACGGUGAGUGCUCGGAUGCUGAGUGCUAGGAUGGUGAGUGAUGGGAUGGUUAGGGAUGGGAUGGUGAGUGCUAGGAUGGUGAGGGAUGGGAUGGUGAGUGAUGGGAUGGUUAGUGCUGGGACGGUGAGUGCUGGGAUAGUGAGUGCUGGGAUGGUGAGUGCGGGUAUGGUGAGUGAUGGGAUGGUGAGUGCUGGGAUGGUGAGUGCUGGGACGGUGAGUGCUCGGAUGCUGAGUGCUAGGAUGGUGAGUGAUGGGAUGGUUAGGGCUGGGAUGGUGAGUGCUAGGAUGGUGAGGGAUGGGAUGGUUAGUGCUGGGAUGGUGAGUGCCCGGAUGGUGAGUGCUGGGAUGGUGAGUGCUGGGAUGGUUAGUGCUGGGAUGGUGAGUGCUGGGAUGGUGAGUGAUGGGAUGGUUAGUGCUGGGAUGGUGAGUUCUGGGAUGGUGAGUGCUGGGAUGGUGAGUGAUGGGAUGGUUAGUGCUGGGACGGUGAGUGCUGGGAUAGUGAGUGCUGGGAUGGUGAGUGCGGGUAUGGUGAGUGAUGGGAUGGUUAGUGCUGGGAUGGUGAGUGCUGGGAUGGUGAGUGCUGGGAGGGUGAGUGCUGGGAUGGUGAGUGAUGGGAUGGUUAGUGCUGGGAUGGUGAGUGAUGGGAUGGUGAGUGCUGGGAUGGUGAGUGCUGGGAUGGUGAGUGAUGUGAUGGUGAGUGCUAGGAUGGUGAGUGCUGGGAGGGUGAGUGCUGGGAUGGUGAGUGAUGGGAUGGUGAGUGCUGGGAUGGUGAGUGCUGGGACGGUGAGUGCUCGGAUGCUGAGUGCUAGGAUGGUGAGUGAUGGGAUGGUUAGGGCUGGGAUGGUGAGUGCUAGGAUGGUGAGGGAUGGGAUGGUUAGUGCUGGGAUGGUGAGUGCUGGGAUGGUGAGUGAUGGGAUGGUUAGUGUUGGGAUGGUGAGUGCUGGGAUGGUGAGUACUGGGAUGGUGAGUGAUGGGAUGGCUAGUGCUGGGACGGUGAGUGCUGGGAUAGUGAGUGCUGGGAUGGUGAGUGCGGGUAUGGUGAGUGAUGGGAUGGUUAGUGCUAGGAUGGUGAGUGCUGGAAUGGUGAGUGAUGGGAUGGUUAGUGCUGGGAUGGUGCGUGCUGGGAUGGUGAGUGCUGGGAUGGUAAGUGAUGGGAUGGUUAGUGCUGGGACGGUGAGUGCUGGGAUAGUGACUGCUGGGAUGGUGAGUGCGGGUAUGGUGAGUGAUGGGAUGGUGAGUGCUGGGAUGGUGAGUGCUGGGACGGUGAGUGCUCGGAUGCUGAGUGCUAGGAUGGUGAGUGAUGGGAUGGUUAGGGCUGGGAUGGUGAGUGCUAGGAUGGUGAGGGAUGGGAUGGUUAGUGCUGGGAUGGUGAGUGCUCGGAUGGUGAGUGCUGGGAUGGUGAGUUCUGGGAUGGUUAGUGCUGGGAUGGUGAGUGCUGGGAUGGUGAGUGAUGGGAUGGUUAGUGCUGGGAUGGUGAGUGCUGGGAUGGUGAGUGCUGGGAUGGUGAGUGAUGGGAUGGUUAGUGCUGGGACGGUGAGUGCUGGGAUAGUGAGUGCUGGGAUGGUGAGUGCGCGUCUGGUGAGUGAUGGGAUGGUUAGUGCUGGGAUGGUGAGUGCUGGGAUGGUGAGUGCUGGGAGGGUGAGUGCUGGGAUGGUGAGUGAUGGGAUGGUUAGUGCUAGGAUGGUGAGUGCUGGGAUGGUGAGUGCUGGGAUGGUGAGUGAUGGGAUGGUGAGUGCUGGGAUGGUGAGUGCUGGGAGGGUGAGUGCUGGGAUGGUGAGUGAUGGGAUGGUGAGUGCUGGGAUGGUGAGUGCUGGGACGGUGAGUGCGCGGAUGCUGAGUGCUAGGAUGGUGAGUGAUGGGAUGGUGAGUGCUGGGAUGGUGAGUGCUGGGAUGGUGAGUGAUGGGAUGGUUAGUGCUGGGAUGGUGAGUGCUGGGAUGGUGAGUGCUAGGAUGGUGAGGGAUGGGAUGGUGAGUGCUGGGAUGGUGAGUGCUGGGAUGGUGAGUGAUGGGAUGGUUAGUGCUGGGAUGGUGAGUGCUGGGAUGGUGAGUGCUGGGAUGGUGAGUGAUGGGAUGGUUAGUGCUGGGACGGUGAGUGCUGGGAUAGUGAGUGCUGGGAUGGUGAGUGCGGGUAUGUUGAGUGAUGGGAUGGUGAGUGCUGGGAUGGUGAGUGCUGGGAGGGUGAGUGCUGGGAUGGUGAGUGAUGGGAUGGUGAGUGCUGGGAUGGUGAGUGAUGGGAUGGUUAGGGCUGGGAUGGUGAGUGCUAGGAUGGUGAGGGAUGGGAUGGUGAGUGCUGGGAUGGUGAGUGCUGGGAUGGUGAGUGAUGGGAUGGUUAGUGCUGGGAUGGUGAGUGCUGGGAUGGUGAGUGCUAGGAUGGUGAGGGAUGGGAUGGUGAGUGCUGGGAUGGUGAGUGCUGGGAUGGUGAGUGAUGGGAUGGUUAGUGCUGGGAUGGUGAGUGCUGGGAUGGUGAGUGCUGGGAUGGUGAGUGAUGGGAUGGUUAGUGCUGGGACGGUGAGUGCUGGGAUAGUGAGUGCUGGGAUGGUGAGUGCGGGUAUGUUGAGUGAUGGGAUGGUUAGUGCUGGGAUGGUGAGUGCUGGGAUGGUGAGUGAUGGGAUGGUUAGUGCUGGGAUGGUGAGUGCUGGGAUGGUGAGUGCUGGGAUGGUGAGUGAUGGGAUGGUUAGUGCUGGGACGGUGAGUGCUGGGAUAGUGAGUGCUGGGAUGGUGAGUGCGGUUAUGGUGAGUGAUGGGAUGGUUAGUGCUGGGAUGGUGAGUGCUGGGAUGGUGAGUGAUGGGAUGGUUAGUGCUGGGAUGGUGAGUGAUGGGAUGGUUAGUGCUGGGAUGGUGAGUGCUGGGAUGGUGAGUGCUGGGAUGGUGAGUGAUGGGAUGGUUAGUGCUGGGACGGUGAGUGCUGGGAUAGUGAGUGCUGGGAUGGUGAGUGCGGGUAUGUUGAGUGAUGGGAUGGUUAGUGCUGGGAUGGUGAGUGCUGGGAUGGUGAGUGAUGGGAUGGUUAGUGCUGGGAUGGUGAGUGCUGGGAUGGUGAGUGCUGGGAUGGUGAGUGAUGGGAUGGUUAGUGCUGGGACGGUGAGUGCUGGGAUAGUGAGUGCUGGGAUGGUGAGUGCGGUUAUGGUGAGUGAUGGGAUGGUUAGUGCUGGGAUGGUGAGUGCUGGGAUGGUGAGUGAUGGGAUGGUUAGUGCUGGGAUGGUGAGUGCUGGGAUGGUGAGUGCUGGGAUGGUGAGUGAUGGGAUGGUUAGUGCUGGGACGGUGAGUGCUGGGAUAGUGAGUGCUGGGAUGGUGAGUGCUGGUAUGGUGAGUGAUGGGAUGGUUAGUGCUGGGAUGGUGAGUGCUGGGAUGGUGAGUGCUGGGAGGGUGAGUGCUGGGAUGGUGAGUGAUGGGAUGGUUUGUUCUUGGAUGGUGAGUGCUGGGUUGGUGAGUGCUGGGAGGGUGAGUGCUGGGAUGGUGAGUGAUGGGAUGGUUAGUGCUUGGAUGGUGAGUGCUGGGAUGGUGAGUGAUGGGAUGGUGAGUGAUGGGAUGGUUAGUGCUGGGAUGGAAAGCCUGUCAUCUGUGGAGCUACCCAACAACGUUCGCACACCCGCACAACAGCAGUGGGUUAGAGACGAGGCAGCUGGAGUCCCUGCCGGAGCGGAUGACAAUCCGCUGAAGUUGUACUCAACGUUCGACAUCGACGUAAGUAUUUGA